AAAAAUGGAGAUCAGUACUUUACUAUGGUUUUGGGUAAUUGUUUUGGUUGGUUUGGUUUAUGGUAAUUCAACCUGUUUGGAAGAAGAGAGAAUUGCUCUGUUGCAUAUCAAAGCAGCCUUUAAAAAUACUCAUUAUUCCACUUGGGUGGAUAAUAAGAAAAGUGACUGCUGUAAAUGGGAAGGUGUAAAAUGUAGUAACAGUACUACAAUGCAAGUAAUUGAACUCUCUGUCCAUGGGACAGACCCAAAACAGAAUACUAUAUAUUUCAAUGCGUCUAUGUUUCUGCCAUUUCAAAGUCUUGUGGUUCUAAACUUGCCUAACAACUACUUAGUAGGUUGGUUUGAAAAUGAAGGUUUUGAUAAGUUGUCUGAGUUAAGGAAUUUGAAGGUUCUUGAUUUAAGUGGUAAUAAGUUCAAUCUUGGUGUUCUCUCGUCUCUCAGUCAGCUUACAUCUCUCAAGUCUUUAAUUCUCAGCGGCAAUCCUUUGGACAGUGUGCCUACUAAACCUAGCUUUGACAAACUCACAAAUUUGAGCAACUUGGAAGUCCUUGACUUAGGAUAUACUCUCAGAAAUCACAACGAUCUGCAAUCAAUCUUAAAUUUAAAUGAUUUCACCAGAUUGAAGUAUCUGGAUAUAUCCGGGAAUCAUUUACAUACUUUUGGAUCAUUUGAUUACGACUGGUGCCAUUUUAAAAACCUCCAAGAGCUCAGAGUUGGUAGUAAUAACUUUGAUGGAAUGCUUCCCUCUUGUCUUGCAAACUUAACCUUUCUUCAAAGUGUCGAUAUCUCUAACAAUCGGUUCACUGGAAAUAUUGCGUCUUCUCCACUUUCUAAACUCACAUCUCUCGUAUCUCUAAACGUUUUGAAUAACAACUUAGAAGUCCCGGUUUCCUUUGAGGCCUUUGCUAAUCAUUCUAGCCUUAUAGAGGUAUAUACUGAUGGAAAUAUCGGUGUUCCAGAAACUGAAAGUCGUGCUUGGGUUCCAACGUUCCAACUGAAAAUCUUUUCCAUGUCGAAUUGUACUCACCUUCAAACGCUGCCUAGAUUUCUUCACUACCAAAAUCAGUUGACGUUCCUUGAUUUUUCAUUGAACCAUUUAAGAGGAAGUUUCCCGAAUUGGCUUUUCCAAAAUAACACACAACUUACAGGAUUGUCUCUGGGUGGUAAUGCUUUCAUUGGAUCCUUCAACCUGCCUUUACAUGCCCAUCCUAGUGUCAAGUACAUCGGUAUAUCAGAGAAUCGAUUAAGUGGGCAACUUCAAGCAAAUAUAAGUUCAGUGAUUCCAAAUCUCGUACUUUUGAAAAUGAGUGGAAAUUAUCUCGAGGGACAAAUACCUGCUAGCGUUUGGCAAAUGAAACGUCUUGAAGCACUAGAUUUGGCAAACAACCACUUUUCAGGAGAAUUACCAACCGAAGUUGUCAUUCCACAGUCAAUGCAAUAUUUGCAUUUGAAUGGAAACAACUUCACAGGCGAAAUUCCGAAGUCACUUUCUUCCACUAAUUUGGCAGUGCUCGAACUCAGCAACAAUAGUUUGUCUGGCAUGAUUCCGCAGUGGAUGGGUCAGAUGUCAGGAUUAGUCCUACUUGCCAUGUCUCAUAAUCAUCUUCGAGGUCCCAUUCCCAUAGAAUUGUGCAAUCUUGAUCGUCUUAGGUUCUUAGACUUGUCGGAGAACCAGUUCUCCGGAUUGGUUCCAUCUUGUUUCAGCCACUUGGAACACCUUUUUCUCAACAAGAAUCACCUGAGUGGAAACCUUACCCAUGGAUCGACGAACAACUCAGCUUUGCUCACUCUAGAUCUCAGUGAUAAUAAUAUUGUAGGAACCAUUCCACAAUGGAUUGGCAACCUUCCUGCACUCAACAUUCUUCUUCUUAAAAACAACAAAUUUGAAGGUGAAAUUCCAAACCACCUAUGUCAUCUACAAAGAUUGAGAAUGCUCGACUUGUCUCAUAAUCAUCUCACAGAAUCAAUUCCUAGCUGCUUGAGUAACAUAAGUCAAGAGGUGACUUCUCAACAAAUGUUUCGCUUACCAGCACUGAAAAGUUUUGCCUUUCAAAGUGUAGCAUUUACGAGUGUAUACACUAUGUUUGACGCGGUAAGAAUGAAGGUAGAGUUUACAACAAAGAGCUCUUCCUUUAAUUAUGAAGGCGGCCCCCUACUUUACAUGUCUGGAAUUGAUCUUUCUUCAAAUCACUUAAGCGGUGAAGUUCCUAUUGAGCUUGGCAACUUAAGUGAGAUACAAGUACUAAACUUUUCGCAUAACAAUCUCAUUGGAUCAAUUCCAAAGACAUUCUCCAAUUUGCACGAAAUUGGAUGCAUAGAUCUCUCCUACAACAAGUUGAGUGGAAGAAUUCCUGAUGAGUUACUAGAGCUACAUUCGUUGGCAGUCUUCAGCGUAGCACACAACAAUUUAUCAGGUGCUGUACCCGAGCUUAAAGGUCAGUUCAGUACAUUUGACGAAAGCAGCUAUGAGGGCAAUCCUUUUCUUUGCGGACCACCAUUGCAUAUCAAUUGCACCAAUGCUCAAUUGGAACAUCCGAUUCAAUCAAACGAUGGAAACGAAGAAGAAGGAGAAGAUGGAUUCAUAGAUAUGGAGAUAUUCUACAUAAGCUUUUCAGUGGCUUUUCCAGUUUUUUUCAUUGGGGUCAUCACAACUCUUUGUGUAAAUAGCAGUUGGCGAAAUCAAUGGUUUCACUUUGUAGAGAACCUUGUAUUCUCAUGCUACUAUUUUCUGGUAGACAGAGUUACUGAUAUCUGUAGUAAGGUAACAUCUUGACUAUUAUGUAUAUCCAAGAAAUUGCAAAAAUAAAUAUACUUGGGGAGUGAGUCUUUUGAACAAA